AUGCCAAAGACUGUUGUCUUCACAACGAUGACCCCGCUACCGGCGGGCAUCACUCGGAAGAGCGUCCUCGAUAUGUACAAGGACCAUCUGGCGAUGAUAGAUCUGAACCCGCUUGUGGUCGAGCGCUACAAGUGCAAGCCUCCCAACUACGCACCGACCUCGGAGUACUACGCGACAUGGUACACAAUUAAAGACAAGGUCUCUUAUCUCCCCGGGGGUCUAGCAACCGGAUCGGUUUCAUAUCAUGCCGUCUUCCAUGACUUCCCCGAUUGUCUAGAAACGCACGUAUACGCGCCACUCGGUCUAGAUAUUCGAGGGAAAUGGAGCGUGGGUGGGUCAUUGCCAGGAGAGCCUAGAGAGCAUGUAGACCACAGCGUCAGUGUCCCACGCGCGGGAUUAUACAUCCGCGAGGAGGUCAAAAUGACAUGUUCGAAGCUGCUGCUAGGUUUUGUCAAAAAGACAUUCAAGGACUCACAUUCAUACCUGGUCGAGAAGCUGGUCGAAAGAGCGCAUAUCUUGGAAUCUAAUUUCGCAAACGAGCGGUUGCAAGCAUUGCGAAAUGUUGAGCCACGGGAACGUAUGGGCCAUGGUGAUAUCUUCAUUGCCCCACCACCAGAUUAUCAGGCUGCACCACCGCCUUACCAAGCUCAAGCUUCCCCUCGCUUCGUAUCGCAUUCACGAAGCCACAGCGCCAACCCGAUCCUGACUCCUGGCCUUUCGUAUUCCUCAUCUACCGAACGAAUUACAUCCGUCUCAAGCCUACCAACACCACAGGACCGCCCUUCCUCUUCUUCAGCGUUGAACCUCAAAGCAGCAUCAGCCCCAGAGCAGACCCUUUAUCUUUUGCCAGCAACGACCUACGAUGGUGGCUUAUCUUCGAGCUUCACCCGUCCCAUUUCGCUUUACCCUGGUGCUGCUUCAAAUCCAGCAUCCAAUCGCGUUGUAUCACUGUACUAUGAGACGACGGUGGGUGAGCAACCGUCGGAUGACGAGUCUGACGAAGAGCCUGGACUUGACUUUAGUCAUGUUGUAAGCCCACCGUACAUUCCUGAAGUACGCCCCAUCUCUUUCAACUUCGCAUUUGAACCGAGAUCGCCCGGUCCUAAGACCCCAAUAUCGAACGAAGACCUGCUAGCGGACAUAGAUGCCGCGAUUGACGAAAGCUAUGUUUACAAUUCGCUGGAUACGCACUACGAUGCCUUGCCGACACCGAACGCUUUACGGGUUUCGAGUCAGAACGAAACACUUCAAAACAACACUUUUGGGGUUCUACCAUCGACCACAUACAGUGGUUUGUCUACGCCGUCCGUGGAUACCCUGCCCUCGACCACAUAUAUGGCAGCGCCACAAACUCUCGACACGCUGCCAUCGACGACGUACUCUGCCGACUCUUUCCUACCAUCCACAACAUAUGCACCUAGAUAUGAGAGGAAGGACUCGGUUAUGCCAUAUCACAUGCACUCCGAAUUGCCACCAGUACCGCCGAAGGACGAGAGGUACAGGAGACCCUCGCAGGCCGCUGCCUAG